AUGAGUGCGAUUGUAAUUGCAGAGGCCAGCGACAGACCGGACAAGAUCCAGGUGCUCUUUGCCCUCCAUCAGGGCAUGGACACGUUGGACUUUACGGGUCCGCUUGAGACCCUGAGCUGGGCCCGACACAACACCGGUGGUAACAUCGAACGUGACUCUACAACCAGGGCCUUCAACUGCGUCCUUGCGGCCGAAAACGAGCAGGCCGUCACCGCGCAAGGCGUGACCAUCAAAGCGAACAUGGACUUUGAAGAAGCGCACUACAACCUCUCAGACUUCGACGUGAUGAUUGUGCCGGGCGGCGGGACGGAGCCCAUCCUUAAAGCCAACAACGAGCCCAUGAAGCUCAUCAAAGCCUUCGCGGAGCUGCAGAAGAAAGACCCCAGCAAGGAGCGCACGCUGCUGAGCGUGUGCACGGGGUCGCUGUUCCUGGCGCAGGCCGGCGUCCUGCAGGGCAUGUCAGCGACGACGCACCCGUUCUACUACACGCAGCUGGAGAUUCUGUGCCAGGAGGCAGCGCGCAAGGGCGAUCUGCAAGGCACCAAUGUCAUGGAGGAGCGCUACGUCGUGAACAACGCGCGGUUUGCGCUGGGCGAGAACGAGGACGAAAACCCCUUCAUCCUCAAGAAGCGGCCGGAUGGUCGCCGCAAGUCGAUUGCUCGUAAGGGCAGCGAUGCCUGGAAGGACGGCCGUCGUCGCGAGUCUGUCAUUAGGCGCGCAUCGAUGAAGCUUGGUGGCUUGCGCCUUAUUACUGCUGGUGGUGUCUCGGCGGGCAUCGAUGCGAGCCUGUAUUUGGUGAGUGCGAUGGUGUCUCAUGAUUCGGCUCUCGAGGUCGCCAAAACUAUACAGUAUGAUUGGCAGAAGGGCGUUACGGUCGAGGGCAUUGACGUUUAA